GUCCCGAUUUGUGUCUCGUGUGGCCGCAAAGUGAGCCCGGCAUUAGAUUAAUUUUUAUAGGGUUUUAUGUGCACUAUUGCACCCGCUUCGGAUUAUCUAUGCAUGACCUUUGAUCUGAAUGUCUACCACAGAGCAGACCGGCUGUAAUUAAUGGCAUCGCGGUGCAGCAGCGGCACAAUGUACUGGAGAAGAUAAACCAGGAUGGUAACACACUGUUGGUAACCAGCUCCAGUUCGACAAAGGCCGCUGUAACCUCACUCUCUUCUCCUGAACAUUGACAACCAUUCCACAGCCAUGGCUAACAUAAACAAUGCGCUUUGCAUUGAAAACGGACAGAAUGCAGAUGUGUCUCUCUUACAAAAGGAUAAUCUUCAGGAUGGUGGAUUAAGCCAGCUUUUGGAUUAUAACGCAGAAAUGGAAAGGUACAGGUCUUUUGCAAACUUUUAUAAAACCAAUGGGGCAUUUCCACAGACUGCUAAGAUUGCCCGCAUCACAACACCCAUUUUUCCCAGUGCUAGAAUUGGCAUGUCCCCUUGGAACUGCGAUAACGCCAUGCUCUGGGGAAGGAAAUCAGCGGCAAUAAACCCUAAUAGGACCAGCAUGCAUAGAAAUGACUCCCAGAGGCCGGGGAAGCCUGGCGUGCCGCCAGAGACGCUGCAAAUGGCAAAUAAUAAUUUCCUCUCUACCUUAUCCCCCGAACACUGCAGACCUUUAGCAGGAGAAUGCAUGAACAAGCUGAAAUGCGGCGCUGCUGAAGCAGAGAUAAUGAAUCUCCCAGAACGCGUUGGAACUUUUUCCGCUAUCCCGGCUUUAGGGGGCAUCUCAUUACCUCCCGGGGUCAUCGUCAUGACAGCCCUUCACUCCCCCGCAGCCUCAGCAGCCGUUACAGACAGUGCGUUUCAAAUUGCCAAUCUGGCAGACUGCCCACAGAAUAAUUCCUCGGUAUCCAGUGGAAACCCAGCGAAGAAGAAAAGGAAAAGGUGUGGGGUCUGUGCACCCUGCAGGCGGCUAAUCAACUGUGGUGUCUGCAGCAGUUGUCGGAACCGCAAAACGGGCCACCAGAUCUGCAAAUUUAGGAAAUGCGAGGAGCUGAAGAAGAAGCCAGGCUCGUCGCUGGAGAGGACGCCGGUCAACAACGGCGAAGCUUUUCGGUGGUUCUUUUAGAGAGGCGAGCCAUGGCUGCCCCAUCCAGCCGCAGGAGGGCAGGUGGGACUCUUGACUCUCUGCCAGGAGCACUUGAUGGGUUCACAGAA